AUGACGUCUCCUGGCAAUGAGUCACAGACUCUACGGGACCUCAUUGAAGGCGACCUUGACGAAGCGGUUGAUUACGAAAGUGACACCGUCUUUGUGGGACCCGAUGGGUCCCCCUUGACCACACUUACGGGUGAAGAUGACAGUAGUCAUGCACCGAAUCCGUUCCCUGAACAUGGUGCUGCAGAUGCGCUAACAGCGUUACUUGACCCGCCUGACGUAUCGUCAACGGCGACGGUUACUGACCCACUCGACAAAAAACAGCAGCAGACCAUUGAUAAAGAGGAAGGCGCCAAGCGCCGGACGAAGAAUAUGGCUAGGCUUCAGGGCCAGGUUCAAGCCACCUACAGUGGAAGAACGCCUUUAAGGAAGCAUCUGGAAAUUCCCUUUCUGGCUGGGCCAUUGGGCUUGAGGCCAUUUCACCCGAGGAUAUCGCUACGCGAUCGGCUCUUUGACAACGCUAUCUGGAACCCCAUAUCACUACGCAAAGCCAAUACUUGGCACGCCUCACUAGGCAAGUGCGCGGUGCACCAAUUCCUAUCAUAA